AUGGAGGUGCUUCUCGCUGAAAAUGCGCUGCUACGUCAGCAGGUCCAACAGCUAGAAGCCCAACUCACCCACGCGCUGGCGCUGCUGGAUAGUGAGCGCCAAGAACGCGCUGAAGACCUCCGCAGCCACCGCCGCGAGAGACUGGCUCUCAUCAACGAUAUCGGCGGGAGGGUUGAUGGUCUUCUAACCACGCAUAAUGAAACGAAGGACGCUAUCAUUGACCGUUUGGAUACACUAGAAGGCAAACUCACCGACCCAGAGCGACGGAUUAAUCAGGUUGAAGGCGAUGAGGAGGUGAUUGUACCAUUCACCAUGGACGGCAAUCCGAUUGAUUUACGGAAUAAUUUUCAGAAGGAAGCUACACGAUUGACCGAGCGCUUCGAGUAUCUUCUCACCAAGAAUGUAGAGGAUCGUCUCCUGAUGUACCGCAUUCUGGACCAACAAGCGAACGAGACUGCCGCUGAGACUGAAGAGCAGGCCCGUGCAGAGCGAGAGGCAGCCCGGAUCCAGCAACAGAAUGCCGUGGCGGCGGCACGACGCGAGCUGGCGGCUAUUCAGGAAGAUUUUACGACGAUACAAAUUCAACCUGAGGACAGCGCCGGAGCACUCGUCUGGACGGAAGCACACCAGUGUAGGGCCAGCGUCGGUGUUGAUUCGUGCGCUGCCAAGAUGAGCGUCGUCGCCGCCUCGCAGCCGCAAAAGACCUACUCGCUGGCGGACAAGAAGCCCUACUUCAAGCACUUCUACCCCAGGGAUGUGGCCAUCCUGGCCGUGCGCUCCACGGCCAUGCAGGGUCUGAUGCUCUUCAACGCGUACGUGGCGUCGCUGGACCUGGACGUGUCGGACGAGGAGGAGUCGAGCGAGGACGAGUUCGAAGACGUGGACGCCGCCGCCGAGGACAAGGAGGAGUUCGUGGCCCCCUCCAUGGAGGAGUUCAGCCUCGCCACCGUCAAGUCCUUCGGCAAGUCGCUGAGCAUCACCACGUACGUGCGCUCGCUCGAGGAGGUGGCGCUGUGCCUCUUCCGCCCGCAGAUCGUCAGCAAACUUAUCAAAGACAUCAGCAAGUCGGCGAUGCGCAAGUACUCGCGCACGUCGAGUCGCAUCGCUGCGGCGGCCUUGAUGGUCAAAACGGGCAUGCGUGCCAACGUGCUGAGCCACCUUGCUAUUUUCCUGGUGGAGGAGACGCAGCAGAUCGUGGUCAUUCUGUACCGACGCUUCGUGUCAAGGAAAGGAGGCAAGAAGUCCAAGAACAAUCUGCGCUCUAUCGAGGAGGGCGUCCAGAGCAGCGGCAGCGACGAGGAGGAGGACACGCUAUCGACGUUCGUCGCCGCCACGGGCCGCAACGCAUCUCGCUCCGCUUUGGCCGUCAUCACGGGCGGCGUUGGCGCGGCGGUGGGCACGAUGGUGCGACCAGGUAUCGGCACGAUGAUCGGAGGGACGUUGGGCGACACCCUCGGCUACGUGCUGUUUUAG